AUGUUUUCAAAACCAUUGUUGGUAGAUUUAUGGUGGAUUGAUCCUCAAGGGAAUGUCCAAAUGGUAAUUAAAACAACAGAAUUAUACGUUUAUUUAUGCAAACAAGAGAGACACCCUAAAACAUUAAAUAAUACUACAAUCAUUCCUCAUCUACCAGCCCAUCUUCCACCACAACACAUUGUUUUAAUAAAAUAUGUCAAAAAUUUGGUUACCAAUGAUGAUGUAAAAGAUGAAUUGAACUCUCGUUUCGAAAGUGUAUUUGCAAUCGACUCUAUGUCAGGAGCAACGAAUGAACGCAGUCGACACGUGAAAAUUGAAUUCCUUCAAAAGAAUGAAAUAGAUAGUUUAUUAAAUUCAGCAUGGACAAACAUUGGUAGCAUGACUAGUACACGAUACUUGCACACAGCAUCCACAUUAACAAAUGGACAAGUGUUAGUUACUGGUGGAUACACUAGUAGUGCUGCUACAAGUGGUGCUGAAUUGUGUGAUCCAACCUCAGGAAACUGGACAACUACUGGUAGCUUGCAUACUGCACGAUACGAGAACACAGCAGCCACAUUUUGGUUUUUAGACUGA